UCCCUUUUACUGAAUUGACUGAACCUUUUCAGGUUCUUAUAACUGCCACGACAGGGAUCGUCUACGACCACACUACCAACAUGAUGGCUGUUCAAGUAUUAGUCGUUCUAUUGGGGCUCCUUGUGAAGGUGAAUGGGCAGAUAAAUUGCGCAUCUGAAAAAGUUGACCUUAGUAUAAUCCUUGACGAGUCAUCGUCAGUGGGGACCGCGAAUUUCGACAUUUCUAAACAGUUCUUGGCAGAUUUGGUGUCUGGUGCAAACAUCAGUUCAGAUUCGAUACAGGUAGCGGUCAUAACAUUCGCAACUACUGCAGGUAUUGAUAUAAACUUUGACGAUUAUUCUAAUGACAAAGCCGGCCUCCUGACCGCUAUUAACGGUUUGGCGUAUGGUGCAGGAUCGGGUACUAACACAGAGAGUGCCCUGGAUCUCGCAGCCAAUACGGUUUUCCAAGCAAAUCGGCGAGGCGAACGACCAGAUGCCCGGAACCUUAUCAUCAUAUUGACUGACGGAAUGGCCAGUAACGCAGCUUUUCUUCUACAAAUGGCAAUAACUGCAGCGCAAGGUAAAGCUGAGGUGUUCGCAGUUGGUGUUGGAGGAGACAUAGCUGCCAGUGAACUUCAAAGCAUUGCCUCAGACCCGGACGCGGAGCACGUGUAUGAAGUAGCAACUUUCGAGACCCUCAUGUGUAUCAUUGAUUCGCUCUUCACUUCACUAUGCCCGCCAUGUGUCGUGAAUUGCGCCACUGGUCAAAUCUGUGAUCGACCCGCCAGCGUCUGUGUUACACCUGUUGACGAAUGUACAGAUGGCACUGACAACUGCGACACAAAUGCAGCUUGUGAAGAUACUCCCACUUCCUUCGAAUGCAUGUGCAACUCGCCCUUUGUCGGAAAUGGGACUGUUGGAAACUGUAUUCCUCCUGACCCGUGUUUAGGCAACGAUUGUGAUGGUAACGCUACAUGUUCUCCAAGCGGGAGUGGAUUUAACUGUACAUGCAAUCCCGGAUUCCUGGGCGAUGGCAGAGAGUGUGUUGUUGACCCGUGUAUAGGCAACGAUUGUGAUGGUAACGCUACCUGUAAUGCAAUGGAGAACGGAUCAUUUACCUGUACCUGCAUUAACGGAUUCUUGGGCGAUGGCAGAAGCUGUGUUGCUGACCCGUGUGUCUCAAGCGAAGACAACAAUUGUGAUGUUGACGCUUUCUGUACUGGCUUUGCGACCGGUGGAUUCAACUGCACUUGCAAUGACGGGUUCUUCGGGGAUGGCACAGAGGGAACCUGUAUGGCUUGUCUCUGAGCCAACGAUCUUCCAGCCUUCGAUCUACAAAGCACCAUGUAGUACAUGUUAAAUAAACAUAGAGAGCAUUGA